AUGUCUUCGACGUCUGAAAGUUCAUCGCACUGUGAGGAAUCUGAAGCGUCAAAAAACUCGAGUGGAGGCUUCCAAGAAUGCGACAAAGAGAAUCUGGAUCACAUUGAUGAAGGUCUUGCUGAUGAAAAAGACAAGGAAAACGAGGAUUCUGAAGUCAAGUUGGUAGGUUUGGCUUAUGUUUUUUGUUACUUUUUGGCUUUUUUUGGUGUUGCAAAAAUAAUGGCGUAAAAACAUUUUUUAAUCAAUAACUUAUGAUUUAAUAUUUUUUGUAGGAUUUGUCGAAAACCGAGGACUCUGAAUCGGACGGCAUUUUUAAAACGAUUUCUGAAGUUGAUGAUGACAGGAGUUUGGAAUCCAGCUUUGAAGGUUCUAAUCCAGAAUCUAAGUUGAACGAGGAAGAAUCUAACGUUGAUGGUGCAUCAAGACCAGAAUCCGGAGUUGGUGACGGACCUAGAUCUAAAAUGGAAGAUGAAGUCAAGUCUGACGUUGAACCAAAGUCAGAAAACGAGACUGAAGAUGAAGCUAGAUCCGAAUCUAAAGUAGAUGAUGAAUCCAUGUCCGAAGUUGAACAAAAAUCAGAUGACAAGGCUGACGAUGAAGCUAGAUCAGAAUCUAAUGUUGACGAUGAACAAAUUUUUGAAUAUAAGUUUGAUAAGGAACCAGAAUCCGAAUUAAACGAUGAGUCCGAAAUCAAAUUGGACUGUGACGCAAAAUCAGAUGACAAAUUUGACAAUGAAUCCACUUCUGAGGUUAAAUUUGAAUCUCAAUCUGCUGUUGAAUCAAAAUUUGACGAAGUAUCGGAGAACAAGUCUAACAAUGGCUCUGAAACUAACUUGGAAAAUGAAGCGAUUUCUAAAGCCAAUGUGAACGAUGAAUUCAAAUAUGAUACAGAAUCCAAAUCUGAUGAAGUAUCGGAUAACAAGUCCAAAGAUGACGGUGAAACCAAAUUGGACAACGAAGCGAUUUUUGAAGUUAAUGUUAACGAUGCAUUCAAGUCUGUUGGCCAAUUAAAUUCUGAAGUUGAUGCAAAAUCGAACACUCAGGUUGUUGAAGCAUCAGGAUCCAAGUUUAACGGGGAAUCUGAAUCCAAAUUUGGUGAAGUAUUGGAGAACAAGUCCAAAGAUUCUGAAGCCAGUGUUAACAAAGAAUCCAAUUCUGAAGUUGACUUAACAUCGAGCACUCAAGUUGAUGAUGAAUCGGGAUCCAAGUAUAACGAUGAAUCUGAAUCCACAUUGUAUGAUGAAUCAAAGGCUGAAUCUGAAGAAGAAUGCAGAUCUGAAGCUAAAGUUGACCAUGUAUCGCACGCCGACUUUUAUGCUGGGUUAAACGCAGAUGAUAAAUUCCACGAUGAAUCAUCGAAAUCAGACGCUGUAGCCAGAGAAGAUGGCUUGAUUUGGCACAGCGAGAAGCCAUCUCCGACUGGUUUUGCAGUUCUGAAUCAAUGGAAAAACUUGUUCGGUGACAUUGACACUCCAUUGCAUCUGAAGCAGUUCACGAACAGUGAAGCUACUGUCUUCGAAGAGCCUAUUGACUACUUGAUCUCUUUUACUGAUCAUCAUUGUGCCUUGGGCAUGGUGAAGAACAAAACUGCCGCCCAAAGCGGCAUUCCAUUGGUGGUGAGAUUUGGAGGUUUUUGGAGUAAUAUUGCCGUUAAAAGUAUGUACGUUGGAUGCACGGUGAAGGUGGCCGCCUACUACAACGUGACCAACGUGUUGGACAUUCGGGAAAUGUGUGAAGUCAUCGAUAUCAAUUCUUUGUGCGUCAAAAAUGUGGUUUAUGCUGGUAAGUAUGGUAGUUAUUGUAGUGUUUUUGAUGGUAUGACAUUUUUACUGGAUGACUGUUUUAAUUUUUUGACCGGUAAAACAAAGCAUUAAAACUGUAAUUUUUCAAAAUUGUAGGUGUACCAAGAGCUACAGGUUGCGCGGCCGAAUGGGCGAUUGUCUCCCGCCCCAACAUCACUCGCUCUCUAGGUCUGGUGACUAAUGACAACUCGGGCACAUCCAAAUAUGGUCUCAGAGUGUUGGAAGCCACUCUUCAGGACAUGGAGUACAGUCAGAGAGUAUUUGCGAACCAUGAAAAGUGGAUGUUGACCGGGCAUUCUCGUGUCCCACCGGUCGGGAACCCCGUGGCUUUGAGUUAUAUUGAGGUAGGUGGGAGUUUGAAAUAGAAUAUAUGGGAAUAACUCAUAUUUUAAAACUUUUGAAGACUACAUUUUAAACUAUAUUAUAAUAUGUUGUCAACGAAAUACUUUAAUUAAAAUAAUAUUAUUUUAGUUAAACGAGCCCCACUGCAUCUUCACCUGCCGCGACAAGCUCCUCCUCUUCCCUGAUUACUACGGUGAAAUGAUCUCCAAAGAUGUCCUUGAGUUCUCUUACUUCUUCGUUUGGGUCGACACCAAACUCGAGCCUGUCAAGACGUUCACUUUGUGA